AUGGGUCGUCUGUGGAAGGAGCACGAGCUGGAGAGGCUGUGUUGUUCUGCCCUUGCUGUGUUGCUCACGUUACCUCAUCUUGAUGCCAUCCCUGCAGGGAAGAAGCACAAGCCUGAACAGCCGAACAGGGCUCAACAGCGCCACCUCUUGGCCCAGCUCGCCUGCUCUGGAGACAUGGACACCUUCAGUGGCAGAUACGUGAUGGGCCAUGAGCUGGGGAGGGGACGAUUUGGAGCGGUCUACGGCGGCGAGCGGAGGUCUGAUGGUCUGAAGGUUGCCAUCAAACGGGUUCCCAAGAAUCAGGUGAAGUACUUCCCUCUGGCCAGAAAGGGAAAGUUCUUCAAGAUUCCUGAGGAGGUCUUCUACAUGUACAAGGCAGCUGGAGUACAAGACCAUCUGGGACAAAACGCUGCAGUCUCUUUAAUUGACUGGUUUCAAUCAGACUCAGAGAUCCUGAUUGUCAUGGAGAGACCCAGCCCCUGCAUGGACCUUCUGGAGUACAGCGUCCUCCAUGACCCCCUGCUUGAAGACACCGUCAGGGACAUCAUAAAACAGCUGGUCCAGGCGUUGAUCCAGCUCGAUAAAAAGUGGGUUUUCCAUCGCGACAUAAAGACCACAAACAUCCUGAUCCAGGAGACUCAGGAGGGGCCUCGAGUCCGGAUCGUGGACUUUGGAUGUAGCUGUGGCGUCACCACUACACCGUGCACUCAGUACAUGGGCACUGCAAACUACUGCCCUCCCGAGAUGUUUCUCAGCCACCAAUGCAGGGCGGGUCCAACGUCUGUGUGGCAGAUCGGGGCCAUUGCUUAUGAACUCCUCAACGGUGACGCAAAGGACUUUGACGUCUUUGAGUGGCUCAACGGAGAUCUGAGCCUUAAAACCAGCGAGGCGUCAGCAGAGGCAUUAGACUUUAUCCACAUGUGUCUGAGCGUAGAACCUGAAAACAGGAUCUGCCUGGAGGAGAUGGAAGGACACCCAUGGUUUAGCACCAGCAUCGAGGUUCCUUCUUCAUCUUCAUCUUCAUCAUAA